AUGAAGCCCUUAAGGCUCUGUCCACAUGUUUUUAAUUCCACGUAAAAAUGUAAAACUUGAUGGCAGCCUGUAUCAUUCCUGCGAAAGCACAGAUUUACAUAAUAUGUUGGUUUCAUUAAGGUCUGACAGCCCAAUUAGAAGAGAUCGAAGGCAUGUGAGCAAAAGUCACAUGGAUUAACAAUUCAGCUUGUUUUUUUAAGCAGAUUAACCUGACAUCUGUAACUGGGGGUUUUGGUUGCAAGGGGAUCGAAAAAAGUUUUGCAUUUCGAGGUAAUUUCCUCUGAUUGGUUAAAAUGACGCUUUCACUUUUGACAAACCACUGCCCCAAAUGGUUGCACUAAAGUCCAAGAUUUCCAAGAUUCUCAUAACUGAAUUGAGGGCCUCUCGGCCUCUCAGUCAAACGACUACAAAGACACUGAAAACAACCACCACAAAGACAACAAACCAGCACACAGAGAUGCAAAAUGACCACGGGGGAAUGUCUGUCUAUGUGGUUGGUUCCACAAAGAUAAAGAUCCAUUAACGGUGAACAAUUUGAGGCUGUUUGAUUAGAAUUUCUGAUUUAAUCUGUGUAAUCCAUAGCUAUUUAACCCCUGGGAGGAGCUGAGAGAAUCACUGACAUCUUGACAGCUUGAUUUGCAUAGGUCCCGAAAACUUGCCCUCAGACGCUCUCCGGCCAGGAAAGAUGACCCCGCCUGCUGUGACUGCAUCUGUAAUCUCAUAACAGCUAAUAGAGCCAACUUUCCUCGACAGCAGAAGGUCCGGCGGAAACUGCCAGUGGUCAGUGGCAUUAAUCGGAUGUGACAAUCAUUACUGAGCUGUCUGUCAGACAGAGUGCAGGUAAUGACGACUAAAAAGCCAAGGCUGUGGUUGAUUGCGUGUGAGGUUUGGAGAGGAGCGGUGAUGCCUGCAGGGUAUUGUGGGAGACAGCGCUGGCCCCUCGGAGCCAGGGGGACAAACACACCACAGCUGUUGCUGCCUGGACGAUGAUGCAAGCAACCUAUAUCCAGGGAAGCUUCCCCAUGUCCUCACCGUCUUCUAAGAUGAUCAGCUGAGCUGUUUUUCUCUUUUGCUUUGUCUUCUGAGGAGCCAAGGCCACCAAGGAAAGCAUCGGCACGGGAGAAAAAGCAUAGUUGAGUGAGAUGGUCUAUUUUUAGGCAGUUCAUCUCGGCUGGAGGCACUGGCAAAAUGCCAUCGGGUUCAUUUCCUGUCUCUCUUUCAGAUUCCAGAGGCAUGUGGGAAAAUUUGUUUGUUUUUUUCUUUCACCCCUCGCUGAAUGAUAUGAAUUCAUAACAAAUAUCUAUCUCAGUGAUUCAUAGAUAUUAUUAAAAUAUAUAGACGUGCAUACUGUGAAGGGGAUAUUGUGUGGGAUUUUGUAGGAUUCUAGUGACAUUAGAUUGAGAAACAUUGGAUUGAAAGAAGGAAACCCUCGGUUGCCCGUGCGCCCUAACUCAUGCGUCACGUUGACAGGUGUGGUUUUCCGGAGCGCAGCUCCCCCAAGAGUCGAUAUUGGUCUUCUUAGUCGACCUGGAAAUAAGCACUUCGUGGGCAGCUAUUUUCAUAUUCUGGAACUUUUUUUUUGCAUUGCAUUGGAGUAAAAGUCGUUUUUUCCUCGUCGCGAUGGAGCACGCCAUAACGUCCCUCGAGACGCAUCAUUGAUAAAUAGAAACCAGUCGAGAACCCCAGUCAUUGGGUGACCGCUGCGAUGCGGUGCAGCUGCAGCUCCCUUGAACCAAAACCGCUGGACAGCAGCCGACAGCGGGUCACAAUUAUCCAAAUAUGCGCGUAAAUGGAGUGCACUGGCGAGGCGUCCCUUGCAUCCCUCACGAGAUAAAGUUGUCGUGAUGUACAAUACUUCGGAAAUUGAGCUCACUUUUAACAAGAGGGAGGACAUUUCCGAAGUUAUCAAUGGCACUCUGCAGCUUCCCUACGACGUCCUCGUCACCAUCGGUCCCACAGCCAUGUGGAACGAGUCGUGCGGGGAGCAGCUCCAGGAUUUCGGGCACCCGCAGAAGAUCCUGAUCGGGGUGAUGUUGGCGAUCAUCACGGCGGUCACGGUGAUGGGGAACACGCUGGUGGUGAUCGCUGUGUGCGUGGUGAAGAAGCUGAGACAACCUUCAAACUACCUUCUGGUAUCUCUAGCAGUCGCGGACCUUUCCGUGGCAAUAGUUGUGAUGCCUUUCGUAAUAGUGACGGACCUGACCGGGGGCAAGUGGCUUUUCGGAGAGGUGUUCUGCAACAUCUUCAUCGGCAUGGAUGUAAUGUGCUGCACUGCCUCCAUCAUGACCCUGUGCGUGAUCAGCGUCGAUAGAUAUCUGGGGAUAACGCGGCCCCUCACCUACCCGGCCCGGCAGAACGGUCAGCUAAUGGCAAAGAUGAUCUUGGGAGUGUGGCUGGUGUCAGCGUCCAUCACCCUGCCGCCUUUCUGCGGCUGGGCCAAAAACGUCCACACGGCCGGCGUGUGCCUCAUUAGCCAGGACUUCGGCUACACCAUCUAUUCCACAGCCGUAGCCUUCUACAUCCCGAUGCUGGUCAUGCUGGUCAUGUACUACAAGAUAUUCAAGGCGGCUCGCAAGAGCGGCGCCAAGCACCGCUUCACCGACCUCUUGCGCCGCGAGCGCCUGGAAACCGUGUCCAACGAGGCGCUGCGGAUGCAGGGCCUCAAGCCGCCCGGCGUGGCGGAGGAGUGCGCGGCCCUGUCCCGCCUGCUGAACCGCGAGCGCAGGAACAUCUCCAUCUUCAAGCGGGAGCAGAAGGCGGCGACGACGCUGGGGGUGAUCGUGGGCGUCUUUUCCGUGUGCUGGCUGCCGUUCUUCAUCCUGUCCACUGCCAGGCCCUUCAUCUGCGGGGUGGAGUGCAGCUGCGUGCCCAUCUGGCUGGAGCGCACGCUGCUCUGGCUGGGCUACGCCAACUCCUUGAUGAACCCCUUCAUCUACGCCUUCUUCAACCGAGACCUGCGCUCCACUUACCGCGACCUUCUGCGCUGUCGCUAUCGCAACAUCAACCGCAGGCUGUCCGCCGUGGGCGUGCACGAGGCCCUGAAGGUCUAGAGCAGCGGGUUCGUUGGCUGGAUACGUACAGAACCCUCACAAGGUGGGGUGUGGCGGGCCGGUGGCCGCGCACAUGGUGCUGGCGGG